AUGGUAAGUGGACUGGUAAUGGAAAUAGGCAAUGGUAUGCAAACCCGAUUUUGGGAAGAUAACUGGAUUCAAGGGGGUGUUCUCAAAGGGAGUUAUCCGAGACUAUACUCUAUCUCAAGCCAGCAAGGACUUCUAAUUGGGGACUGUGGCUUUUGGGAUGGGCUUGAUUGGAUUUGGAAUUUCCAAUGGAGGAGGGAGUUGUUCCAAUGGGAGCUAGAACUUGUCAAUCAGCUGCAUGAGAGGUUAAGGCCAGUGAGGUUGUCAUCAGGUCGGGAGGACAGCGUGGUCUGGAAGUUUGACAAUAAAGGUGUUUUCUCUACUCGUUCUGUGAUACAGGCUAUACAAGCGGAGACUCUUUCGGCUGAAAUAACGAGUUAUAGUUUCACGAGCUCCGUUUGGAAAGGUUUUGUUCCUCCGAGGAUUGAGCUAUUUGGGUGGUUUGUGCUAGUUGAUCGAGUUAACACCAAGGAGCGGCUGGGUAAAAUAGGAGUCAACAUUCUGGGGGAUAGUUUGUGUGUAAUGUGUACUAAGGAAUUAGAAUCUGCUGAGCAUUUAUUCCUUAGGUGUGAGGUAGCUUGGCAGGUGUGGUGUAAGUGGUUGAGGUCACUAGGUAGAGAGUGGGUGAUCCCUGGAACCAUUAGGGAAAUGUUUGAAAGCUGGCAUGGCUUGCAUAAUAGAGAACAAGGGCAGCAGAUGUGGAUGAUAGUGUUCUUUGCAGUUAUUUGGAACAUCUGGUUGGAACGGAAUGCACGAAUCUUUAAGAAUACAAGAGCAAGCCUGGAGGUAAUCCACACAAAGACGGUGAUGAGCUAUACAGAAUGGCGUGGUGAUGAUUCUGGGGGAGGCUGUUGA